AUGACGGACGGCGACGACAACACACGUCCGCAAGCCGUGAGCGUCAGCUUGCAAGAUCUUCGCGAUGGCAACGUCUCGCUGGAGACGCUCGAGGAAGCCUUCGGGCCGGCCUCGCUCGGCAUCAUCCUCGUGCGAGAUCUCCCGGCGCACUACGCGGAACUACGAUCGAAGCUAUUGAGCAUGUCAUCUUACCUAGCGAACCUUCCGCGAUGCGAAUUAGAGAAGCUGGAGAAGGCAGAAGCCAACUACGGUCUCGGCUGGUCCUGCGGGAAAGAGACUCUCGCCGAUGGGCGUUACGACACCCUCAAAGGCUCAUUCUAUGCGAAUCCAAUAUACAAUCCGGAGCUGGAGAAGAAAGCACGAAAUCUCUAUCCCGACUUUCCCGAGUUCACAAAUGAUAAUGUCUGGCCCGGUGAGGAAAUUCUGCCAGCCUUUCGAAGAACCUUUGAAGACCUCUGUCGAUUGAUCGUCGAUGUCGCCGCCCUCGUCGCAGCCAGUUGCGACCGAUAUGGCUGUGCCAAACUCGAAGAUUACAAACCGGGAACCCUCGAAGGGAUUGUUCGCAGCAGCGUCUCAACGAAAGCCCGACUGCUGCACUACUUCCCAACCCCAGCCUCCACAUCAAGUAUUGCUCAAAAAGCAAAUAACGAACCCUCGAAACCCAUCGACGACGACUGGUGCGCAACCCACAAAGACCUCGGCGCCCUCACAGGCCUGACCUCUCAAAUGUUCGUCGACGAAUCCUCCUCCCCACCGCACCGCCAAUCCUCCGGCUCCUUCCUCCCGCUCACCGAACUCCCCUCUCACCCCGACGACCCAAAGGCCGGCCUCUGGAUCCAAGAUCGCGCCGGCCGCACCACACAAGUCGACAUUCCGAUCGAUGCCCUGGCUUUCCAGACCGGCCAGGCACUCGAGUCUAUCACCCAGGGCAAAUUCCGCGCUGUUCCACAUUUCGUCCGGGGUGCGGUGAGUACGGGCGAGGGAGGAAGGAUUGCAAGGAAUACGCUUGCGGUGUUCACCCAGCCGAAUCUGUGGGAUUUUGUUGAUGCUCGUGGGGAGAGGACGUUUGCGGAGAUGGCGAAGGAGAUUUUGACGAAGGGACUUUAGUAGUGGAAUGAACGCGCUAUGAUUGUCUAUUUAAUGAUUUUCACAAUUUGAGAUAAAGAUUGUGCUGUGGUACAGCCGCCGAUUGUUCUGAGUUUUCGUACUUAACAUCAAGACCCAACCUCUCCUCCGACACGGUCCGUUUACCGACGCUGAAUCGAUGUAUAAACUUCUGAGGAC